AUGGCGACCACUUCGUCGUUGUUCAUGUACUCGCUGACGAUUCAGCCACCUACAGCAAUUACUCAAGCAAUUUUGGGCCAGUUUGCGGGGACAAAGGAACAGCAGAUUGUCACUGCGUCUGGUUCGAAGCUCACAAUCCAUCGCCCAGACCCAACACACGGAAAAAUCAGAACCCUCUUCUCUCAAGAUGUUUUUGGUAUUAUCAGGGCUUUGGCGGCCUUCAGACUAGCUGGAAGCAGUAAAGAUUACAUCAUUAUUGGAUCUGAUUCAGGACGGAUCACCAUAAUCGAAUAUGUUCCAUCCCAGAACCGGUUUAAUAGAAUCCAUCUCGAAACCUUCGGGAAAUCGGGAAUUCGACGAGUUAUACCUGGCCAGUAUUUAGCAGUCGAUCCGAAAGGCAGAGCGUGCUUAAUUGCUUCGGUGGAGAAGAAUAAACUGGUCUAUGUUCUCAACAGAAAUACUCAGGCGGAGUUAACGAUAUCCUCGCCGCUAGAGGCUCAUAAACCCCAAACCCUGGUUUUUGCCCUGACAGCUUUAGAUGUUGGGUAUGACAAUCCGAUAUUUGCGGCCCUGGAGGUUGAAUACACAGAAGCCGAUCAAGAUCCCACAGGUCAAGCCUACGAAGAGCUGGAAAAGCAUUUGGUUUACUACGAACUCGACUUAGGAUUGAAUCAUGUAGUCAGGAAAUGGUCGGACCCGGUCGAUCGCUCCGCAUCGAUGCUUUUUCAGGUUCCUGGUGGUGCAGAUGGCCCAAGUGGCUGUCUUGUAUGUGCAGAGGACAACAUCACUUACCGUCACUCGAAUCAAGAUGCAUUUCGCGUACCUAUCCCGCGUCGCAGCGGACCCACGGAAAAUCCAGAGAGAAAGCGCUACAUUACAGCUGGCGUUAUGCAUAAAAUGCGUGGCGCAUUUUUCUUUUUGUUACAGACCGAAGAUGGCGAUCUUUUUAAGGUUACCCUUGAUAUGGUGGAGGAUGACAACGGCCAGAUUACCGGAGAGGUUAGCAGAUUGAAGCUAAAGUACUUCGACACUGUGCCAAUUGCUUCCAGCUUGUGCAUUUUAAAGAGCGGCUUCCUGUUCGUCGCAAGUGAAACGGGAAAUCACCAUUUCUAUCAAUUUGAAAAGCUUGGAGAUGACGAUGAUGAAAUCGAGUUUACCAGUGAUGCGUACUCUGCAGACCUUUCAGAACCUCUUCCGCCUGCAUACUUUCGUCCGCGACCUUAUGAAAAUGUCAAUCUCGUCGAGAGUAUUGAUUCAUUGAACCCGCUGAUGGAUUGCAAAAUCGCGAACUUGACAGAUGACGACGCUCCUCAGAUCUACACGAUUUGCGGCACGGGAGCGAGGAGCAGCUUCAGAACUCUUAAGCACGGCUUGGAAGUUGCUGAAAUCGUCGAGUCGGAACUUCCAAGCGUUCCAUCAGCCGUCUGGACUACUAAACUGACACGCGAAGACGAAUUUGAUGCUUAUAUUAUUUUGUCUUUCUCUAAUGGCACACUCGUCCUUAGCAUUGGCGAAACGGUGGAAGAAGUAACGGAUACUGGGUUCCUGUCUUCGGCACCAACGCUUGCAGUGCAGCAGCUAGGAGAAGAUUCUCUUAUCCAGGUUCACCCGAAGGGUAUACGCCAUAUCCACGCUGAUAGAAGAGUUAAUGAAUGGCCAGCACCGCAACAUCGAUCGAUUGUUGCAGCAACAACAAACGAGCGCCAAGUUGCCAUCGCACUAAGCUCUGGCGAGAUUGUAUACUUCGAGAUGGAUACGGACGGUUCUCUUGCAGAAUACGAUGAGAAACGAGCAAUGUCUGGCACAGUGACAUGUCUUAGCUUGGGAGAGGUCCCGAGAGGACGCGCCAGAAGUUCAUUCCUCGCUGUGGGCUGCGACGACUCUACUGUCCGUAUUUUGAGUCUGGAUCCAGAGUCAACACUGGAGAAUAAAUCUGUCCAGGCGCUGACAUCGGCACCAUCAGCUUUAUCAAUUAUGGCCAUGUCUGAUUCCACAUCUGGCGGAUCCACACUUUAUCUACAUAUUGGUCUGUAUUCGGGCAUAUACCUCCGGACAGUGCUUGAUGAAGUGACCGGCGAACUAUCAGAUACGCGUACCAGGUUCCUUGGUUUAAAACCUGUAAAGCUCUUCCAAGUUUCUGUGAAAGAGCAGACGGUCGUUCUGGCAUUAAGCUCACGCCCUUGGCUCGGUUAUUCACAUUUACAAACCAAAGCCUUUAUGCUUACCCCUCUGGAUUAUGUCAGUUUAGAAUGGGGCUGGAAUUUUAGCAGUGAGCAAUGCGUCGAGGGGAUGGUUGGCAUCCAAGGACAAAAUCUCAGGAUCUUCUCCCUCGAAAAACUGGAGAAUAACCUUCUGCAAGAAACGAUACCUCUCCAGUAUACACCGCGACAUUUCAUUAAGCACCCUGAAUAUCCUCUAUUUUACGUUAUUGAAGCAGAAAACAAUAUCCUUUCGCCGGGUACAAGAACCAAACUUCUCAAUGACUCUGAUACCGUCAAUGGUGAUACGACACCUCUACCACCGGAAGAGUUCGGCUACCCGCGUGGGACUGGGCAUUGGGCAUCAUGCAUACAAAUUGUUGAUCCAAUAAAUUCAAAACGGGUCAUUUCACAAAUCGAACUCGAAGAAAAUGAAGCGGCUGUUAGUGUGGCGGCUGUUCCUUUUUCGAGCCAGGAUGACGAAACGUUUCUAGUUGUGGGAACUGGGAAGGAUAUGGUUGUUAAUCCAAGGUCCUGCACAGCCGGUUUUAUCCAUAUUUAUAGGUUCCAGGAAGAGGGCAAGGAGCUAGAAUUUAUCCACAAAACCAUGGUUGAGCAACCUCCGAUGGCCCUUCUCGGCUUCCAAGGACGUCUUCUGGCUGGCAUAGGUACAGAUCUAAGAAUUUACGACCUGGGAAUGAAGCAGAUGCUUCGAAAAUGUCAGGCGUCAGUUGUCCCGCACCUUGUGGUGGGUUUGCAGACACAAGGUAGUCGAAUCAUCGUCAGCGAUGUACAGGAAAGCCUGACCUACGUCGUCUACAAGUAUCAAGAAAACCGCCUCAUUCCGUUUGUCGACGAUGUUAUUUCUCGCUGGACCACUUGCACUACAAUGGUCGACUAUGAAACUGUUGCCGGAGGUGACAAGUUCGGGAACCUGUGGCUUCUCCGAUGUCCUGCAAAGGCGUCGGAAGAAGCUGAUGAGGAUGGCUCAGGUGCGCAUCUGAUUCAUGAACGGCAGUACCUUCAAGGAGCCCCGAAUAGGCUAAACCUGGUUGCCCACUUCUAUCCUCAGGAUUUACCCACCAGCAUCCAGAAGGCACAACUUGUCACAGGCGGGCGAGAUAUCCUCGUGUGGACCGGACUUCAGGGGACCGUGUCAAUGUUGAUACCAUUUAUCAGUCGUGAAGAGGUGGAUUUCUUCCAAAGUCUGGAAAUGCAGCUUGCCGCUCAGAAUCCACCACUUGCUGGACGAGAUCAUCUAAUAUAUAGGAGUUAUUAUGCUCCGGCAAAGGGUACUAUUGAUGGCGACCUUUGUGAAACGUAUCUCUUGCUUCCAAAUGACAAGAAGCAGCAGAUUGCGGGGGAGUUGGAUCGAUCGGUAAGGGAAAUCGAACGAAAGAUUGCUGUAAGUGUCUUCAUUAUUAUUAAUCUUGACACCCAGACUAGUGCAAUGUCAAUCUUGCUAACGGUUAUUAAGGAUAUGCGAACACAGGUUGCUUACUGA